ACAGCAAAAGUGAUGGUGGUCCAUUCUUCACCGAGUGGAUCAUGAAGCCAUUAGCUCAUCUCUUCAUUGGGAGAAUCUUGUCCAACAUGGCAGUCAUGGAGAAUUAUCUGAUCAAUGAAUGUCAAGAUAUCAACUUCACCAUCAUCAGACCAUCAGGACUACAGGACAAGCCAGUCUCAGAUAAGGAGUACCUGACAGAGGAGCUACAAUAUGUCACGAAUGGCGCGGGACGUAUAUCACGAGCUGACGUUGCUAGAUUUAUGCUGAACGCACUGGACACGUCUGAUUAUGAUAAAAAAGCAGUGGCAAUUGCUAUCAAACCUUAAGAUGAAAAUGAAAGGUACAUGACUGUAAGAAAUAAUAUUUUUUUACACUGUCAAUGUAUAAAAAAAAGUCUUUUAAGUUUUAUGGUUUUAAAUUUAGCAUUGCCCAAACAGAGAUAUUUUUCAUAGGAAUUAAUUUUAAACGUAUUGUUAGUGUUGCAAGAACACAGACAUUGCCUUAUGGGCUCCGAGCACAAAUACCGUACACCUUCAGCGGCCAGAAAAGGAGAGUUGGGGGAGACCUAGACUGAUUCCCGGUCCAUUCACUGCGUAUUUUGAAUGAUCCAAAGUUAUCAGGGGCAGGAUUAGUCUGGGAGACCAUCGCAAGUUAAAAUUGAACGUAUUCGAGCGCCGACGAUGCGCGACGCUCAUGCGAAGACGAUGGGGCUUAUAGGUCUUGCACAUUCAGGCAGUCGUGCAUACUUUGCACGCGAACCAUUACAGUACAGCUCAUGCUUCGUUUUUAUCCACGGGGCUCUCAAAAGUGGUAAAAAGCGCCCUCUUUUGUUGGCGCACGGAGCCCAUAGAAGCCGCCAGCUCAUUGCUGAUAACUGAGGUAGUAGAAUGCCAGGUUAUUGUCCAGAUUGCAGGUCGAAAUUGCUUCAGUCAGUGUUCUUUGUCAUUCCUAAAAUCUAAUUAUAAAACUUGUCAGAAAAUCCCCUCGCCCCCUUUUGAUUUUUCAGAGGGCAGGUCUUUGUGGAAAAAAAUCUGACAUCCGCUGGUGCUUGUUUUAACUACAUUUCAUUCAUUUACCCGUCAAUCAGAGAAUUAUAAAUUAACAUUCAUUUGCCAGUAAUGUAUUUAUUAAAUUUAUAAACUGUUCAAAAGAAAGUGAUUGUUUUUCAAGUAUUCUAAGUGUUUACUUACAGAAGAUGAUUAGAGAAUACUCCGUGAAACAACAAAUUUAAAUUAUGGCUUUAUUUCUAUAAGAAAAAAUUUAUUCAAUCAAGUUUGUAUUUAUUCCAUGAUUUGUUUCUUGAUAUGAUCUGAUGAUUUGAGUUUUCUACUAACUGAGGAUAGCAUAUUUUAUACCUUCAAGAUUUUAUUUUCCUUUUUUUUUUUGAUCAGUUAUAAUGUGAAGGACGUGGAAUAAAAAAUUAAUAUAUUGAAUGAAUUUAGUUUCAUUGGAGAAAUUGGUUAGGAAAACAAUAAAAGUAAGAUUUUAAAUGUAAUUAUUUUUUUAGUAAAAGUAUAUUCUAAUGAACGUUAUGAUAAUUUGUAAAUGCUUGAUAUUAUAAAAUGGAUCCAUCAAGCUUGUUUUAAAUUAAAAAGA